AGCUGGUACGGGGCGAGGCCGGUGGCAGCCCGGGGCUCGACGGCCUCCUGGAUCUGCUGCUGGGGCUACACCACGAGCUCAGCAGCGCCUCCCUGCGGCGGGAGCGCAACGUGGCGCAGUUUCUGAGCUGGGACAAGUCUCCUCCCCCCAGUCCCGGACUGAGGACCAACUUUGUGGGAUUCGGGGCCUUCCUCAUUGGAAGUGGAUCUGCACCCUUUUCUGUUUGACUCAUCUGAAUCCUUGGGAACGGAUGACUAGGGUGACCCUAAACCCAGUGUGGGUACUGGUGCCAUUACAGGUGUUCCCUGCUCAUACCUGGCCAGGCUUUGUGGGGGAAGGCAUAGGAAUUAGACCUGGAGGGUGGGGUGUUUGCCUAGUAGGUGAUUAGCGUUCCUAGCACUCCUGAGCUGUGGGCAGGCACCAGGCUGGACCUGGUAUGGUUAGGGGUCUACCACCCAGAUUUGCCAUUUCUGCACUCUUCCUCUGUUUCUCUGUGACUCUUGUGUGUUAUGUAUGUGUCUGAGUUGGCAUCACCCCACCAUGACACCCGUACCCCUCUGAGUGUGUGUGUGUGUGUGUUUCUCCCUGCCUGCCUCUGGCACCUCUGCCUGGGACCCCAACAUAGGGGACGUCUGUUGACAUCUCCCGAGGUAACUCCAAGGCCAGGCGUGACUCAUGCCUCUCCUGCCCCAACUUGUCCCUGCUCCUGCCCAGAGCCCCCACCCCUCUGGCAAGACAAACGGUACCAGGCAUCUUGUCCAGAGGGUUGGAUAGGCUUGGUUCUGGGCACCAGGUUUGGCCUAUGUGGCUGGUGGUCACCUCUGACAGCCCCACAAGGCUGGUAGCCGCUCCUCCCAGUUCUGUGUGCAAACCUGGGAAGAGACAAUUUCUGUAGUGAGGUUUCCAAACCGCCUCCGCUGUGGGGUUCUGCCUGAUAAACCUGUGGAGCAGCUCUCUGUCCCACCCACAGGCCCGCCCAGCUGCCAGGGAGUUUACCUCCUGGCAGGGGGAAACUGAGGCAAACACCGGACCAUAGAUGACCCCCAGUCCUUGCUGGUCACCCGUCUUUCUCAGUUCCCAAGACUCAGCGCCCUCCCCCCCCUCCCGCCUAAGGCCACUCCAGUUCUGGGGAGAGCCUGGGAGUGGCUGGACAUGGCCCUUGUGGAGUGUCGGGGGGGGGUGUUCCUGGCUGUGCAAAAGCCCCAUCCAGAGAGGGAGGCAGGGCUCCAAGUGGCAGAGCUGUCAAGCCUGGAAGGAAUCCUGUGUGCUCACGCCCUCAGGUGCUGGCACUGGGCACCAGGUGAAGGUUUUGGCCCUGUUUUCGCGUCUUGUGAGUACCUGAGCACACUGGCCUCUGUUCCUGACCCAGGGGCCCCACUUGGGGAGCACAGAGCCUGUCUUUCUGGAGCACUGCAAAGACUGUCCUCCCUGCCCUCAGAGGCUGCCCCAGCCCUUUCCUCCAUCCAACCAGAUUGCUCUGAGCCUACCAGGUCCCCCAGACCCAGGCCCCAGCUCCUGAAUGGCAGAGAAGCCUUUCUGGGGACAAAGAAUGCCACCUAUCCAGUUUCCCAGAUAGGCUCUGGGCCGGCCUUGAGGGACCAAAGGCUGUGAACUAGGGACAGGAGCGGUAUUUUCAUUGUCUCUAGGGCCAGCCAGGAUCAAGACCUUGGCUAGGGAGGACCACAAAGUCCCUCUGUGCCUCAGAUAGGGGUUACCUAGAGCCUGGAGGGAGGCAAUUCUCUGAGGCAGGACCCUUGCCAUGCUUGUUGAUCAUGACCAAAGAACCCUGGCUCUGGUCUGCCUCUUGGCCGGGCUGUCUCUGGGAAAGUAAUUCCUGUCCUAGUCUCAUGGGAGAUCCCAAGGAGAAGGCUCUGAGUCCACUCUGUCCCCUCAGCCAGCCCCUUUGUAAAAAAAGUGAAAGAGCUGCGCCUACAGAGAGAUGACUUUGAGAUCUUGAAGGUGAUUGGCAGAGGGGCCUUUGGGGAGGUUGCUGUGGUUAGACAGAGGGAUAGUGGCCAGAUUUUCGCCAUGAAGAUGCUGCAUAAGUGGGAGAUGCUGAAGAGGGCUGAGACGGCCUGUUUCCGGGAGGAGCGAGAUGUUCUGGUGAAGGGAGACAGCCGCUGGGUGACUGCUCUGCACUAUGCCUUCCAAGACGAGGAGUAUCUGUACCUGGUGAUGGACUACUACGCUGGCGGGGACCUCCUCACGCUGCUGAGCCGCUUUGAGGACCGCCUCCCACCUGAGCUGGCCCAGUUCUAUCUGGCUGAGAUGGUGCUGGCCAUCCACUCACUGCACCAGCUGGGCUAUGUCCACAGGGAUGUCAAGCCUGACAACGUCCUGCUCGACAUGAAUGGCCAUAUACGCUUGGCAGACUUUGGCUCCUGCCUGCGUCUCAACAACAACGGCAUGGUAGACUCAUCAGUCGCAGUGGGGACCCCAGACUACAUCUCUCCUGAGAUCCUACAGGCCAUGGAGGAGGGCAAGGGCCACUAUGGCCCACAGUGUGACUGGUGGUCACUGGGAGUCUGCGCCUAUGAGCUGCUCUUUGGAGAAACACCGUUUUAUGCUGAAUCUCUGGUAGAGACCUACGGCAAGAUCAUGAACCACGAGGACCACCUCCAGUUCCCCUCUGACGUGCCCGAUGUGCCUGCCAGUGCCCAGGACCUGAUCCGACAGCUGCUGUGCCGCCAGGAGGAGCGGCUUGGCCGUGGUGGACUGGAUGACUUCCGGAACCAUCCUUUCUUUGAAGGUGUGGAUUGGGAGAGGCUUGCAACCAGCACAGCUCCCUACAUCCCUGAGCUUCGCGGGCCUGUGGACACCUCUAACUUUGAUGUCGAUGAUGAUACCCUCAACCAUCCAGAGACGCUGCCACCACCCUCCCAUGGGGCCUUCUCGGGCCACCACCUGCCAUUUGUAGGCUUCACCUAUACCUCAGGCAGCCCCAGUGAGGAGAAGCGUGUUGAGCUAGUGGCUGCCCACCGUGUGGAGCAGGAGAAGGUGGAGCUCAGCCGGAAGUGUCAAGAGGCGCUGAAUGGCUCCUUACAGCCCCAGGAGCUGGUGCAGCUGCAGAAGGAAGUACAGAUUCUCCAGGAGAGACUGGCAGAGACACUGAGGGACAGCAAGGCCUCCUUCUCACAGACUGAUGGUCUCCCUGCUGGGAGCCCAGACACAGAUACCCAACUUCAGCAGGAGAAGGACCGCCUCCAGCAGGAGCUGACUGAAGCCCAGGCAGCAUUGCGGGUGCAGGCUGCAGAACUGUGCCAAGCCCAGGACCGGCAGGAAGAAUUCCUACAGAGGCUGUGGGAGGCCCAGGAGAAAGAGGCAGCCACAACCAGCCAAAUCCAGGCCCUAAACUCCCAGCUGGAGGAAGCCUGGGUGGUCCGGAGAGAGCUGGAAGGCCAGGUGGCCACCCUGACUCAGGAGGUGACAAGGCUCCAGGGACAACAUAAACAAAGCCAUGACAAGGAUUCUUCCCAGGCCAAGACCAUCCAUGCAGCCCCUGAGACCAAUGGCAUGGGAUCACCUGAGGGUCAGUCUCAAGAGGCCCAGCUCAGGAAGGAGGUGGCUGCUCUCAGGGAACAGCUGGAACAUGCCUGCAGUCAGGGGAUCAGUGUUGGGAAAGAGGAGGCUCUGUGCCAACUGCAGGAAGAAAACCAGCGGCUGAGCCGGGAGCAGGCACGGCUGGCAGAAGAGCUGGAGCUGGAGCUGCAGAGCAAACAGCGACUGGAGGGUGAACGGCGGGAGACUGAGAGCAAUUGGGAGGCCCAGAUUGCUGACAUCCUUAGCUGGGUGAAUGAUGAGAAAGUCUCAAGAGGCUACCUACAGGCCUUGGCUACUAAGAUGGCUGAGGAGCUGGAGUCCUUGCGAAAUGUGGGCACCCAAACACUCCCUACCCGGCCUCUGGACCACCAGUGGAAGGCACGGAGGCUGCAGAAGAUGGAGGCCUCAGCCCGGCUGGAGCUUCAGUCAGCCCUGGAAGCUGAGAUCCGGGCCAAGCAGGGUCUGCAGGAGCGGCUGACACAGGUGCAGGAGGCCCAGCUGCAGGCGGAACGCCGCCUACAGGAGGCUGAGAAGCAAAGCCAGGCCCUGCAGCAAGAGGUGGCUGAGCUACGGGAAGAACUUCGAGCUCGUGGGCCAGGGGAUGCCAAGCCCUCCACCUCUCUCAUCCCUCUCCUGUCCUUCUGGAACACGGAGAAGGAUUCUGCCAAGGACCCCGGCAAUUCAGGGGAGGCCCCAAGGUCUGGGGCAGAAGCAGAGCUGAGGCCAGAGGGCCGCCGCAGUCUGCGCAUGGGGACUGUGUUCCCCAGAAUGCCUGCUGCCACCGCGACCCCUGCAGAAGGUCCCCCUGCUAAGCCCGGCUCACACACGUUGCGUCCCCGGAGUUUCCCAUCCCCUACCAAGUGUCUCCGCUGUACCUCGCUGAUGCUGGGCCUGGGCCGCCAGGGCCUCAGCUGUGACUCCUGUGGCUACUUCUGUCACUCAGCCUGUGCUCCACAGGCCCCACCCUGCCCUGUGCCCCCUGAACUCCUCCGCACAGCCCUGGGAGUGCACCCCGAAACAGGCACAGGCACUGCCUAUGAGGGCUUCCUGUCGGUGCCGCGGCCGUCGGGUGUCCGCCGGGGCUGGCAGCGCGUGUACGCUGCUCUCAGUGACUCCCGUCUGCUGCUGUUUGAUGCCCCCGACCCCCGAGGAAGCCUGGCCAGUGGGGUCCUCCUACAGGCCUUAGAUCUGAGGGAUCCCCAGUUCUCAGCUACCCCUGUCUUGGCAUCAGAUGUCAUUCAUGCCCAAUCCAAGGACCUGCCACGCAUCUUUAGGGUGACAGCCUCCCAGCUGACAGUGCCACCAACCACAUGUACUGUGCUGCUUCUGGCAGAGAGUGAGGGGGAGAGGGAGCGUUGGCUUCAGGUGCUGGGUGAGCUGCAGCGGCUGCUACUGGAUGCACGUCCAAGGCCACGGCCAGUGUACACCCUCAAGGAGGCCUAUGACAACGGAUUGCCCCUGCUGCCUCAUACGCUCUGCGCUGCUAUCAUUGACAAAGAACGACUUGCCCUGGGCACUGAGGAGGGGCUGUUUGUGAUUCAUCUUCAUAGCAAUGACAUCUUCCAGGUGGGGGACUGCCGCAAGGUGCAGCGCUUGACCGUGAGCUCUGCUGCUGGCCUGCUGGUCGUGCUCUGUGGCCGUGGGCCCAGUGUGCGCCUCUUCGCCCUGGCUGAACUGGAGAACGCCGAGGUGGCAGGUGCCAAAAUCCCUGAAUCCCGAGGUUGCCAGGCUUUGGCAGCUGGGCGCAUCCUGCAGGCCCGAACCCCGGUGCUCUGUGUGGCAGUCAAACGCCAAGUGCUCUGUUACCAGCUCGGCCCCGGCCCGGGGCCCUGGCAGCGCCGAAUUCGAGAGCUACAAGUGCCAGCCCCAGUGCAGAGCCUGGGGUUGCUGGGCGAUCGGCUCUGUGUAGGUGCCGCUGGCACCUUCGCUCUUUACCCACUGCUCAAUGAGGCUGCACCUUUAGCGCUGGGGACUGGCCUGGUGUCCGAGGAGCUGCCCGCGUCCCGCGGGGGCCUGGGUGAGGCGCUGGGCGCCGUGGAGCUCAGUCUCAGCGAGCUCCUGCUGCUCUUCGAUACCGCUGGUGUCUACGUGGAUGGCGCUGGCCGCAAGUCACGAAGUCACGAGCUACUGUGGCCAGCAGCACCUACUGGCUGGGGUUACACAGUGCCUUACCUAACAGUGUUCAGUGAAAACUCCGUUGAUGUGUUCGAUGUGAGGAGAGCGGAAUGGGUGCAGACUGUGCCGCUCAAGAAGGUAAGACCCCUGAAUCCAGAAGGCUCCUUGUUCCUCUAUGGUACCGAGAAGGUCCGCCUGACCUACCUCAGGAACCCGUUGGCAGAGAAGGACGAGUUUGACAUUCCCGACCUCACUGACAACAGCCGGCGCCAGCUGUUCCGCACCAAGAGCAAGCGUCGCUUCUUCUUCCGAGUGUCUGAUGAGCUGCGACAGCAGCAGCGCAGGGAGAUGCUGAAGGACCCUUUUGUGCGCUCCAAGUUCAUCUCACCACCCACCAACUUCAACCACCUGGUACACGUGGGCCCUACGGACGGGAGGCUCAGCGCCAGGGAACAAAAGAGCAGAGGUGCUCGCAGCUCUGCACCGCAGCGGCCGCACAGCUUCUCAGAGGCAUUGCGACGCCCAGCAUCCAUGGGUAGUGAUGGCCUCGCUGGAGAGACAGACCCCAUAGUGAAGAGGAAACCUUGGACAUCUCUGUCCAGUGAAUCAGUGUCCUGCCCCCAGGGGUCCCUGAGUCCUACAGCAUCCCUGAUACAGGUCUCAGAGCGGCCCCGAAGUCUCCCUCCAGACCCCAAUUCAGAGAGCACCCCCUGAUGCCCUCUGGCAGUGCCCACCCCAGUCCCAAGACAGAAGGAGUGAGGAAGCAAAGAGCUUGUGGGAUGCCAUACUCCGGCUGGUCCCGGGACAUGUUGAAAUUCAGACUCAGGGAGAGCCUGGGUAGAGGGCUAAGAGUAAGACGUGCCUGGGUCCCCAGGAACAGGGUCUGACUCCUUGCCCUCAUCCUGCCCUUUCCCUGGGCUUCCAACACAGGCCUACAUUGGCCUCUGGGAGUGCCAUGGCUCUGAUGCCUGGGGAUGAUUGUGCCAAAGCUGUGCUUCAAAGGGCCAAGCCCUGGGAAGCUGGUAGGAGUCAGAUGAGGAGUGGGGAGGGACAGGUCCUUGGGAGUAUGCUGGUGUCUUGUCUGUGUAGUCUGGCUCCCAGCUGAGACCAGGGUGGAGCAUGCGAAGGUCUCUGCUCAGGGUCAUGCUGGGAAAUAUAGCUCUGAUUUAGAGGGAAAGGAUAGAAAAGAAGAAGGAAUGGUGCAGGUGAAAGAGGUGAGAGACAGGUGAGGGGCAGAGGAAGCAGAAGAGGAAGGGAUGCCAUCAGGAGAGCCAUACUCAGCUAAGAAGGGAGGAGGACAAAAUGGUGAUGAAGAGGAGGAUGAUGGAGAGACAGGAGGUGCUAGGAGGGCAAGCGAGCAAGGGAAAAACCAGACCCAGAAACUUUUCUCUGGGGAGGGGCUUAGGACUGAGAGCAGGAGUAUUGCCAGCUAAGCUCUCCAGGGAAGAAUGGUUCCUAGGCAGGGAGGGGAUGGGAGGGUAUUUAUAAGGGCCUCUUGGUGGGAGAUGGGACACCCUUCAGGGGCCACUGAAUGUCUCCAGGCACACAGGGUCCUUUUAUGGAAGCUUCAACCAAGUGUAUUAGGGGAACAUGGGGGCAUUUUAUUAUUGAUUACAGUCAUUAUUAUUGUUAUUAUAUUGCUAUUUUUAUUAAACCUCACCCUGCUGCAGUGUGGGGAGUAAAAUAAGUAUUUAUCUCCUUAAAUGGCACAUUCCCGGGAGGGAUGGACCCUGAUGCUCUGAGAUGCAGCAAGAAACCAAUAAACCCAACUUUGUAAGCGCUAA